AUGUUAACUAAUGAGCGUUUGGAUGUAAUUAGAAGGUAUAGAACAAUAUGUAGUGAGAUAAUAGAAGGUAAACUGUAUCUUGGGGGAUAUUACGUAGCUUGUAACUGGGAGAAAUUGGAAGAAAGUGGCAUAACACAUAUAAUUAAUGUAUCAGGAGACACUUGUACAAACGUCUUUCAAGAUAAACUAGAAUACAAAACCUACUUUGUGUUGGAUACACCCCAGGAAAGUAUUGAAGGAGUGUUGUAUGAUAGUAUUGAAUGGAUAAACACAAAGCUAAAUGAAAGCAAUGUAAACAGGGUAUAUGUGCAUUGCCAGGAAGGAGUUUCUAGAUCUUCCAGUAUAGUAAUAGGCUAUUUAAUGUGGAAAUAUAAUCAAAGUUUUAAUGAUGCUUCAGAGUAUGUGAGGGAACGAAGAAGUACUUCGAGUCCGAACAUUGGUUUUACUUAUCAGUUAUUAUUAUUUCAGAAAGCUUUGAACUCAGGCAAACUAAAUUUAUCAACUGUUGAAGAAGGAGGAGGAAGAGCUGAGUUUCCUUCUAUAAGCCAUUUAGGGAAGAAACACUGGGUUACUUCUUUGAAACUUUACUAUAUGUCCGAAUAUGGAAUUCCUGUGUCAUUGAUUAACUGGAAAGGUGGUGGAAAUAAUGGCUUUACUUUAAAUUCGAGCAAAAUUUAUCUGUUAAGACAGAGUCUUUUGGAAGAGGCAGAUUACAUUCGUCGUGAGAAGCUUUGGAUCUGGAUUGGAAGCCAGGCAAAAGAAGGAGUUAGGGAAUCCAUUUUAGGUGUUUUGAGGUUUUGCAGGCAAAUCCUCAUGAUUGAAAUGGGCCAUUUCUCAUCUUUGGAGCUCGAAAACUUAGAAAUUAGGGCAGACUUGAUAAUUGGAGCGCUUGGAGAUGAUAAGAACUCAACCUCUGAAUACAUUACAAAUAUUCUCUCAUCCACUGUAAUUCUCGAGUACUUCCAUGAAUUCUCAGAGAGCGGGGAAUUCAUGCAGAAUUUGGCGCCAACUAGCAUGCACUCAAGUAGCUCUUGUGAUGUCAUGCAAAGGUCAUUUUCUUCUCCAUCAAUAAAAAAUAUUUCAAAAGCUGCAAUUCCACUUGGUUUUGAUGAUGACCAUGAUUUCGACGACGAAAAUGACAGGAAAGAUGAGAAUAACACACAACCUUUAAACCAGACAUUGAAUUCAGAAAUAGGGUCUAGCUCAGAGUCAUCGUCUUUAGUAUCUUUGGACGAAUCAUUAUCAUAUUUUUCUUCAUUUGCAUCUUCAGAUGGGUCUCCAGUCUCUUCGAGAAACUCUCCAACUAACCUCGAAGACACCAUUGAUGAAUCUGGAGAAGUGGUAGGAAGAAAUAACCAACAUCAUUUUUCGUUAGAUUCCCAACGAAUUAACUAUACAAGAGAGCACCUACUAGAUGAGGGGGGCAGAAAAGAGCUUAAUCCUUUAACCUUUAAUAAAGUAGUUAUACCGAAGCUUGAUUUUACUUUCAAAGGAGGAGAGAAUUCUUUUGAAAUUCAACACCGAGAACAGAAACAAAAACAAAAACAAAAACAAAAACAAAAACAAAAACAGGAACGGAACCAGGAACCCGAGAUGGACUUAAUACCUCAAUCUUCUACCAAAGAUCCUAUUCCAACAAAGAGCCAGCACUCAAUAUUAUUUAAUCAAGACGAAGCUUUCUGCUAUAAUAGCAGCAGUUACUCUAAGAGAAGUUCCAUCUCUCAGGGAAGCUUUUAUAUGAAUGAAGAUAGUUACAGUACUUUGGAUGGAGGAGGAAUAAAAGUUCUACUAUUUAGGUUUCCUGACUACUUUGGAUCGGAGUCUCUACGCUUCUUCGACUCUGAAGACCUUCUUCCUGGCUCUGUUUGUCCCCUUAUCGUCAUAGGUGAAAUAACCUCUGAAGGAAAAAGAGAUAAAGAUGAGAAAGCUAAAGAAAAACAUGCCAAUCUAUUGUCAAAUUCUUUAGACAAAGAUUUGAGAGCUACCGUAGUUUAUCUUUGGAUCGGAUCAAAAACUGCAUACUUUAAUCAAGCCAAACAAAUUUUAUCCGAACAUUUUGAAAUUGGAAAAAACAACCAUAAUAAUCAUUCAGAUGUAAGGUCAUUGUUAAUUGGAGAGAAAAAUCAAAAUUUACAGGAUUCACAAAAUCUUGAUUAUGAUGGCCAUUGUAAACAAAUUAAUCAUUUUGAGUUGGAUAUCACCCAACUUUUGAUUCUACUAAUUAGGAAUAAUUCAAAAUUGAGUUUAAAAGACAUUAAGUCGGUCUACUUUGAGUUUGAAGGAGAAGAAUCUAACAGCUUUUGGAACUAUUUCUAUCAGUAA